CGAGCUUACUCUCACUUUCUGACACAGCACCCACGCGCCGGUUAAAGAGCUCACGUUGGAUAAUUUAGAGAAACAUGGCAGCUCUGAUGAAAAAUGAAGUCUUCUCCUGUUUUGUUUUCUACGGCGUGCUUCUGGUGAUAAAAAUGUACAUCAUCGCGAUAAUAACGGGACAAGUGAGGCUGCGCAAAAAGGCUUUUGCCAACCCGGAGGACUCGCUCAGACACGGAGGAUUACAGUUCCACAGAGAGGAUCCUUAUGUGGAAAGAUGCCGGAGAGCUCAUCUCAAUGACUUGGAGAACAUCCUCCCCUUCCUCUUCCUGGGCGCCAUCUACUCCAUGACAGGACCCACGCUGGCCGUCGCCCGCCUCCACUUCCUCGUCUUCUUCUUGGGUCGCGUGCUGCACAGCGUGGCCUACCUGUUAGCCCUGCGAGCGCCCACCCGCUCUCUGGCCUACACCGUGGCACAGGUCCCUUGCAUCUCCAUGGCUCUGCAGAUCCUCACAUGUGUCGCAGCUUAUGCCUAAAUGUUCUGGAUAAUGAACCAGAGGAAGUUUUCCGGCCUGAAGGAAGGAUUUGCGGCCUGUCAGGAAAAAAAAGGAGGAGGAGGAUACCUGAGAGGCCUCCUGGGAGGACGAGCAUAAAGACAAGAAUGUCAGUGCAAUUAAAGGUGUCAUGUAACACCUCAGCUGGGGUUUGGGAAGGUUUUCUUCAGUAUUUUUAUUUACAAUGUGAGAUUGUCUUAAAACUGACCAUACAUGUCUAUUUAUGACGCAAAUGAAGGUUGUUUUGCUCCUUUCUGAAGCAUGUUUUGUUGAAAAACUUAAAAACCCACUGACAAACAUUUAGUUAAAGCCACUUAGGGAAUUUUCCAGCGCUGCUGUUCAUCCCAGCCUCUUUUUUUGUGUUUACACACAACACAGACCACCAUCAACUUGGUGUUGUAUCCUCCAUAGCUUCAUUUGUUUCCUGUGGGGAUAUUCCAUCUGUGUUUGUGUGCUGCUUUGGAGAAACUCUCAGUGGAUCCUGGCACAAUAACUGAAGGCGUGUUAGGAGAUUUGAUCCCAGUCGUUGGGAUAAAACUUGAUGCUCUUUAUGUGUCAAAGAGAUUGUUUUUGUAUUGUUUUAAGGGAUAAAAACUCUUUUUGGAUAGAGAAUAAAACCUGUGUGGGCUGUCAGGAUGCAAGAAUUUUAAACUUUCUUAUGAUACUAGUAAAAAACAGUAUGGAUGGCAGCAAAAACAGAAGUCUUUGGCACCCAGUAUCGGGUAAUUUCUAGCAAAAUUGCAAGCAAACUUGUGCAAAGUUUAUAAAAUUGCACAAAAACAUUCAGUACUGAAAUGUAGAUUAUGUUUGGGCAGAUUUAGAUGGAUUACUUCCUCUUCUUCACACCUUUUUUAGGAAAUAGAUAUACCAAUGAGGAUGUAACUAUUAGCUCUCCUAUGUAUUCCCCAAGUGCCGUUAAACAUAGCAAAGAUUUUUUUGACACAGCUCUUCCAAACUUCCUUGUUUUACUUUAGAUGCUAACAUUAUUUUUAGUGCUGUCAAACAAUUAGAAUUUUUAAUCAGAUUAAUCACAGGGUUGCUGUGGAUUAAUUUAGAUUAAUUAUGAUUAAAUAUCAUUCAUUUGUAAUCUAUAUUAAUCGCGUUUCAUUUUGCAUAAGCAAGCAGACUCAUGAAAGAAGGGAAUAUAUAUGCCAGGGCUAUUCAAUUACAGAUUCAACUGGGCCAAAUUUUUAAAUCAAGAAAUGUAGCUGGGCCAGACAUGUUUGGCACCCAGUAAGCAUCUGGUAAUGUCAAAUUUUGAAACAAUACAGAUCAAUUUGAUGAAAAAUAUUCACUUUUAUUCAUAGUCUCCCUUUUGAAUUUGGCGUUCCGUGAGGGUGGUUUGUCGCAAGCUUGGCGAUGCAUUAGCCAAAGUGCUGGCAGAAUGCCUGAUGAAUGUAUGCUUCAUGUUAAUGUGGUAUUUUAAGCUGGAAGUGCUUCGGUGAAAAGAAAACUCCUUCCUGCACAAUGUGCAUAAUAGUUUCUUUCUUACUUUCUUUUUUUUUUGUACUCAAAUUUCCCAUCGAGAGGGCCAACGUGCUGUUUAGCGUCUUUAAUAUUGAGUUGGUUGGUCACUACUGGAUCAACGACCCAUUUGCGCAUGCACGGCGGCAUGCUUGACGGUAACCCUACUUGGAUAAACUGCCCGAAAUGCGUUGCCAGAGACGUUACAGGGAUUUUGAGUCAUUCUCUGCUGUAGAUGGGUUAAUUGCAUUAAUCAGAUUAAUCAUGAUGAUGGAUUAAUCGGCAUUAACGCAUCAAUUUUGACAGCCUUAAUUAUUUUACUUUGCGCACAGAAAUGAAGCUUGUUAGUGCAGGACAUAGGAGUCAUACGUCUAGCUGUAAUCAGCUGAUGGCCAGCCGAUCCCAAUUAUCGCCUCCCACAGCCAAUCACGGCUCUUUCUCUCAACACAGUGGUGCAUUUAAAUAUGACGUACUUCUCACUGAUCCCUGCCUGCAUUAAUGCUGAUG